AUGGAUCCAGUUGUGGUCCUGGUGCUUGGUCUCUCCUGUCUGCUGCUCUUUUCACUCUGGAGACAGAGCUCUGGGAGAAGGAAGCUCCCUCCUGGCCCUACUCCUCUUCCAAUUAUUGGAAAUAUUCUGCAGAUAGAUAUUAGGGACAUCAGCAAGUCCUUCACUGAUUUUUCCAAAGUGUAUGGCCCCGUGUUCACUCUGUAUUUUGGCAUGAAGCCCACUGUGGUGGUGCAUGGAUAUGAAGCUGUGAAGGAAGCCCUGGAUGACCUUGGAGAGGAGUUUUCUGGAAGAGGCAGUUUUUCUAUUGUUGAAAAAACAAAUACUGUCCAAGGAAUCAUUUUCAGCAAUGGAACAAAAUGGAAGGAGAUUCGGCGUUUCUCGCUGAUGACCCUGAGGAAUUUUGGGAUGGGGAAGAGAAGCAUUGAGGACCGCGUUCAAGAAGAAGCAUCCUGCCUUGUGGAAGAAUUAAGAAAAACCAAUGGUUCAUCCUGUGAUCCUACCUUGAUCCUGGGCUGUGCUCCCUGCAAUGUGAUAUGCUCCAUUAUCUUCCAGAAACGUUUUGAUUAUAAAGAUGAGAAUUUUCUUAUCUUGAUGGAAAAAUUCAAUGAAAACUUCAAGAUUUUGAACUCCCCAUGGAUGCAGGUCUACAAUAUUUUCCCGGCUUUCAUUGAUUAUCUCCCAGGAAGUCACAAAAAAGUACUUAAAAAUUUUGCUCAUAUAAAAACUUACAUUUUGAAGAAAAUCAAAGAGCACCAAGAAUCCUUGGACAUCCACAAUCCUCGUGACUUCAUUGAUUGUUUCCUGAUCAGAAUGGAACAGGAAAAGCACAGUCAGCAUUCUGAAUUUACUAUUGAAAGCUUGAUGGCCACUGUAACUGACCUGUUUAUAGCUGGAACCGAAACAACAAGCACCACCCUGAGAUAUGGACUCUUGCUUCUGCUAAAGUACCCAGAGAUCACAGCAAAAGUACAAGAAGAGAUUGACCGUGUGAUUGGCCGACACCGGAGCCCCUGCAUGCAGGACAGGAGUCACAUGCCCUACACAGAUGCCAUGGUGCAUGAGAUCCAGAGGUACAUUAACCUCAUUCCAAACAACGUACCGCAUGCAGCAACCUGUAACCUCAGAUUCAGAAACUACUUCAUUCCCAAGGGCACAGAUUUAAUAACAUCUCUGACUUCCGUGCUGUACGAUGACCAAGAAUUCCCCAAUCCAGAGAUAUUUGAUCCUGGCCACUUUCUGGAUGAGAAUGGCAACUUUAAGAAAAGUGACUACUUCAUGCCUUUCUCAACAGGAAAACGGAUGUGUGUGGGAGAGGGCUUGGCUCGCAUGGAGCUGUUUCUGUUUUUGACCACCAUUCUACAGAAUUUUAACCUGAAAUCCUUGGUCGAUCCAAAGGACAUUGAAACCACCCCAACUGCCAAUACAUUUGGCCAUGUGCCACCUUUGUACAAGCUCCGUUUUAUUCCUGUCUGAAGAGUGGCACAAUGCUUGGGUACUGCUGUGCUGUCACCUGAAGCUUUUCCUCAGUAGGUGUAUAAUCCAUCUCCUUCCCAUCAUCAUGGGCACUUUCCCUCAGCUCUCCUUUUACAUUUUGCCAAUCCCUCAUAAUCUAGUGAACACCCUUGUUAAGGAAAAUAUUAUGAUCACUACACAAAUAUAUCUAUAAUCUUCUAGACUCUGUAACAAUUGUAUUCAACACCAACAGUGCUAAUACACACCUUAUGCCAGGUCGUUACAAUGAUCUCAUUAUUAAACAACAAAAUGAUUAUUAUGACAAUUCAGAGCC